AUGACUGUUUGGCCGAAAAUGUUGGUCAUUCGUCUGUUUCCACUUUUGCGGUUUGUUUUGUUGGCCAUUGCGCUACGAGAUUGCUUUCUGACCAAACAAAAUUUUAUUUUUUUUUAUGGGCCCACUUAUUUCGAUCGUCGCAUCUACAACUACAACGCGCUUGAUGAGAUUCUUCAGCAUGAAAAAUACGAUGCGAACAAAACGACAGUUCUAUACAUACAUGGCUAUCUUGAGUCACCCGAAAGCGACAGCGUACGCCUAAUUGUCAAUGCAUAUCAUACACGCAACGAGCACAAUUUAAUCGUUCUCGAUUGGGCCGAGGCAGCAUACGGCGACUACUUCAUAAAUGCUGUACCAAAUUCCAUAACGCUUGGGAACAUUCUAUCAACGGUCGUGCUCAGCACAUUCAAAAAAGGAUUGGACAGUGAGAAAUUCCAUGUGGUGGCACAUUCGCUUGGUGCACAGCUCGCAGGAGUUAUGGGACGGAAAAUCAUAUCGAAGUCAAAUCAAUCACAAAAAUUAAAAAGAGUAACCGGCCUUGAUAGUGCCAAUCCACCAUUUUUCCCAGCUCUCUUAUUGAAUCAUCUAAGCCAUUCAGAUGCCGAAUAUGUAGAUAUCAUUCAUACGGAUGCCGGACUGUACGGCCAACCAAUCGCAACGGGAACCAUUGACUUUUGGCCCAACGGCGGAACAACUCUACAGCCAGGUUGCCCUUUUCGACUCGGGAUCCCUCUCAGCGUUAAUGAUUUAUGCAGUCAUCAGAGAUCAGUUAAAUACUUUGCAGAGAGCGUUGCAACAUCGAAAGGAACAACAUUUCAGGCAGUGUCGGCAAAAAGCUGGUCACGUUUCAAAGUUGGCGAUACAAAUACAUCAAAUGUUGUGAACAUGGGAAUUGACUGUUCUACCAGCACAUUUGGAGACUACUACUUACAAACCAAUGGUGAACCACCUUUUUCCCGCGGCGCAAACGGUCUCCGAUAUUUGAAUUGACACCAAAUGUUCAACUUUCAAAGUUCUAAAUAAAUGUUUUCGUGUGCAUAUAAACCAAUUGAUUAGAAAAUAAUCAGAAAUGUAGAUGAAUGAGUUUAUAUUCAUUUUUCAAAGAAUAUCGGCGUUUAAAACAAACAACAACUCUACGUUCAAUAAAAAUAAUUCCAUAUUAGGAAUUCGAUAACCACGUUGUUCACUCACGAAGCUAUAGUCAAACUAAAUUGAUUCAGUUUAAAAUUUUCGUAAAGUACAAGCUCCGACAAUUGUUCGACACUUCGCAUAUGAAAUCCGUUAGAUGGCGCACACCAUUGUCGACCAAAUUUGAGCAUUUUUUUGGCAAAUUUUCUCUCAAUUUAAAGAGGAAUGUCUAAAAACAAUAGGACUAACUAACAUCUACGUUGAAUAUAUUGUCUUGUAAUUAUUUCAAAACUAACCUUUCUUUUUCAACAUCAGCACUCUUCAUCAAGCAUUGCAGAUGCUUAGAGGCAAGUUCGAAUUUUGUCUUAUAAAUUUGGUUUUAAAAAGGCCAUAAAAAUCUUUAUGCAAAGUAUAAUGUAAUAAAAAUGCGUGUAGAUUUCAUC